GGUUAAAUGUGAAAUUUGAAACGUUCGUAAUUUGUUUCUUAAUUAAUGAAAAUUUAAUAUGUUCAUUUUGGCUAAUCCGAUAUAACUCAGUUUGGAAGAACGGUGUACUUAUUAUCACAAAAUAUGUUAUGUAGACAUAUGCUCGUUGUUUAUUUAUUUUUGUCCUUGAUAGCUUUCGUUUUGAUGUAUUUUGCAAUGGAUAAAUAUCUGGAAAGUCGGCGACCUUUUGACAAUGGAGAAAGUUGUUCUGUCGAAGACUACACGAGAAAUAUAAAUUUGUUGCCAAACGAUACAGAGAUUGACAAAAUGGGGGAAGAUAACUUGACAUUAGUAUACUGGAAAUAUAUAAAUUCCAUACAAGUGCUGUGCCGUAACCAGAUGCGAUUUGGUGAUAUGAAAGACGGUGGAAAGGAGGUUUGUCUUGAUGAAAAGUAUAAACCGAAAUAUCCUUGUCUUGUCUAUUCGUUUGGGUCGAAUUUCCAGUUUGACUUUGAACUGUCUAUAAUAAAGCACUUCAAUUGUGAAAUUCACACAUUCGAUCCAACUAAAUCAAUAAAAAGUAAUAGCAUUCCAAAUGGAAUAAAUUUUCAUCUUUUUGGACUGUCAGAUACGAAUAGUACUAACACUAAGGGGUGGAGAAUGCAGACUCUUUCAGGUAUUCGGAAACACCUUAACCAUACUGAGAGAGUACUCGAUAUUUUGAAAAUUGACAUAGAGGGUGGAGAAUGGACUGCUUUUCCAGAAAUAUUUCAAUCAGGAGUACUGAAAUAUGUGAAGCAAAUUUGUAUCGAAAUACAUUUUGGUAAAACCAGCACGAAUCAUCUGUACUAUACUAAUUGGGGAGAUGUUUCCUCGAAAAAUCAGUUGAAAGUUUUGAGAAACCUGUAUGAACAGGGUUUCCGUAUAUUUAUGCAUGAACAUAAUUUAUUUGCACAAAUGCGAUUUAGACAACCAUAUUCAACAAUAACGACUGUCAAUGAAAUAUCUCUAAUCAAUAUACGAUAGUGAUUUGCGUUUUUUGAUGCUUAAAUAUGUUUCGAAAUUGUUGUUAAGAAGCCAUUUCAAUUCUGUA